UAGCGCUGUCCGCGGAGCAGCAUUUCAUCGCGGUCAGUCGCGGCGGCAAGUGUGUGGUUGGUACUGUUUGUCCCGUGCGUCGUUUCUCACGUCGUCAUCGUCCUCUGCAGUCUCGCUCGCGCGCGUCGUACACGUCGCUGUGCUUUGUUCCUCUCUCUCUCUCUCUUUCUCUUUCUGUCGCGCGGUUCGUCCAGUGUCGAGUGCUCUUGCGCGAGCAAUUCGUACGCGCUGCUCAGGAGCUGCGGAGAGAGAGAGCGACUUUGACACAUACAUACAUCUACGUAGACACGCAUACAGUGAUCGUACGAGUGCGAGCGUCGUCCACGGCGAUGUCUACCACGCCGAAGUGCUUGGAGGAGUCAUUGGGUGAAUCAUGGGUGGAGUUGAGCUCCGUGCCGGAACGGAUAACGCCGCAGCCGUUUAGCAGUGCCGGCGAGGAAUAUCUACGUCUUCUACGAGAGGCGCAGAGGGAUUCCACACACUCGUCCGAGAGGCACUCCUUGGCGUCUUCGCACCGAAACAGUCCGAAGGGCAGUCCGAAAAGCCCGCCGAACAGCCCGAACACGGAACUCUCGAUCGAAGAUGAGCUCAAAGGGGUCUAUAUAAAUUACAGCAGCAGCAGCAAGGAGGCCGAGUUGUUAGACAAGAGCAGGGAUUGGAUUUACGAAUGGAGUUCUCGACCGGAUCAGAUGCCACCAAAAGACUGGAAAUUCAAGCACCCGUUGGGUAUGGGCAAGAGAAAAACGUACAGCAUUCGCACGGCGAAGGUCGGGAAGAACGGCUUGUUUUCCAAGGAAGUCAUCUACACCCUAUUCUUCACGAACUUCUUGUCUCUGCUCAUUGGGACCGGUCUUGGUGUCCUACUCACCAGGCGGGGUCUCUUCAUGUCCCGCGUCGCUAUCGAGUAAAGGAUACGAUUGGGAGUGUCUGCAUCGGAUUGGUCACGCUUGAGCGGAGAGAAGGGCCGGUUAUGCGAGAUGCAAGAAAGACUGAACAUGCCGGUGGGCGAUCGAGCCUAAAACAGAGAACACGCAGCACAUAAUUCGAUUGUCCCGAUUUAAUAUUAGCACUUUGUAUUUUACUCCCUUUCCCUCCUCCCCUAAUUAUACAGUGUACUUCUCAGAUAUUGCGUACUAUGCAAGUAAUACGCAUUAUAUGCUUAGGAAGGAAAAGUUAAAGAAAACGUGGAGAAAAGAAAGAUAGGAGCAAAUGGAAGAAAGAAAGAAAUAGAAGAAGAAUAAGAGGAAUCUAUUGUAGUCUAUAAAAUGUUGCAGGAGCAAGAAGAAUGUGAACGAAACAUGUCCAUUUUAUACCGUUUCUAAUGCGUUUUUAUCUGCGAUAGUUCGUAGGCAUAGCUUGAAUAAUAUUUAUCAGAAAAACUAAUUAUAUAUUACUUGUUAGAACGGAAAGAAAGGAACGAGAGAGAGACUGAGCGAAUGUGAAUGCGAGAGAACGAGAGCGUGUGUUUAUUGCAUGGAUACGUGUGUGAUGAUGAGAAGGAAAGCACGAGGAAAGUGAAGGAGUGAGCGUGGUUAAAAGACGGCACGGGUAAAAAGAAAAGAAAAAAAAAACAAAAGAAUCAUGAUUGCCCGGAGAUGAGGGCGAUCCCGGAAACGCUGGACGACUCGUCCUCUUCAUGCGGAUUGUCGCGUAUGACUCUUGCGUCGAACAGUAUGUAGAGACGUAGAAAUUUUUGUCGUGGGAAUGAAGAGGAACGUAUGUCGUGAAUUCUCUCCCUGAGAGAAAUCCGAAACGAUCGAGCCACAGCAGCAAUAGCCACCGUGUAUCGCGGUUUUCUUCUUUCGAAUUAUUGCGCGACGCCUCUCAAUGAUGAAUCUACCGGGAGAAUUAGAAUGUGAUAGUUCCUACAGAGGAAGUGUCGACGUCGACGACCCUCUCUCGACGUCGAGGCAACCACAAGCGGGCAACCGGGAAAAAGAGGGACCACGAGGAUGUGCGAGCGUGCGGGCUCGCUCACGGUUGAACAGCAAGACGGUUUCGGUGCGGCGUUUUUCUACGAUAUAUAUCUUAAUUAUAUCAGCAUUUUGUAAUUUUCUUGUAAUAAAUUCACACAUAGAGCGAUA